AUGACUGGGAAAGGCAUGAGAGAUUAUACAAAGGAUAAAGAACAAUUAAAGACAUUCUUUAAUGAAUACGUUAAGAUGGAUGAUAAGACUGGUCAGAAGUUUUUUAAGUAUAGAACACAACUAACCAAGAUUGCGCACAGAGAGCAAGUAGCUUUCAACAUUGAUCUGGACGAUGUUGAGGAUUUCGAUGAUGAUUUAGCACGUGCAAUUUCUCAUAACACGAGACGAUACAUCAAUCUUGUUGCUGAGUUGGUCCAGGAGAUCUUGCCUGAUUUUAAAGAGCAUCCUGUAGCAGCUAAGGAUGCUUUAGAUAUUUAUAUCGAGCAUCGAUUGAUGAUGGAAUCGCGUAACAGACAUCCUGGAGAUCAACAGGAUCCUAGAAGAAAAUAUGCUCCUGAGUUAAUGAGACGUUUCGAAGUAUAUUUUCAUAAUUUUGAUGCAUCCAAGCCACUCUCCGUACGCGACAUAAAAGCAGAACAGAUUGGUAAACUAGUGACCGUCCGUGGAAUAGUCACUAGGUGUACUGAAGUUAAACCCAUGAUGGUAGUAGCCACAUACAGUUGUGAUCAAUGUGGUGCAGAGACAUAUCAACCAGUCCAAUCAAUGAGCUUCCUGCCACUACAAAUGUGUCCUGGUGAUGAUUGUCGCGUGAAUAAAUCUGGUGGUCGAUUAUAUAUGCAAACAAAAGGCUCAAAAUUUGUAAAGUUCCAGGAAAUUAAGUUGCAAGAACACAGCGAUCAAGUGCCUGUCGGUCAUAUUCCCAGAUCCCUGACCAUUUUUUGCCGUGGUGAAGUAACUCGUCAGUGCCUUCCUGGUGAUCAUGUUAAUGUUACUGGGAUAUUCCUACCUUUGACUAGAUCAGGAUUCAGACAAAUGAUGGCCGGUCUGCUAAGUGAAACAUACCUGGACGCGCAUAGAAUCGUCUGCCUGAACAACACUCAAACGGAGGAUGAAGCGUCUGGUGAAUUGACUGACGAGGAAAUGGCGCAGUUAUCCGAGGACGACUUCUAUACGAAAUUGGCUUGUUCAUUGGCUCCUGAAAUCUAUGGAUUAGAAGAUGUGAAAAAGGCCUUACUGUUACUCCUGGUGGGUGGUACAAACCGAAAAACGACCGACAUAAAAAUCAGGGGAAACAUUAAUAUCUGCCUAAUGGGUGAUCCUGGAGUAGCAAAAUCCCAGUUACUCUCAUUCAUAACGAGAUUAGCACCAAGAUCCCAGUAUACCACAGGACGUGGUUCCUCGGGAGUAGGUUUAACUGCAGCAGUCCUGAAAGAUCCAUUAACCGGUGAAAUGGUUCUCGAAGGAGGUGCUUUGGUCCUAGCCGAUCGAGGUGUCUGCUGUAUUGACGAAUUCGACAAGAUGGCAGAUUCAGACAGAACCGCCAUUCACGAGGUCAUGGAACAGCAGACUAUCUCCAUAGCCAAGGCUGGUAUAAUGACAACCCUGAAUGCAAGAGUCUCUAUCUUAGCUGCUGCAAAUCCCGCCUAUGGCCGAUACAAUCCAAAAAGAUCCGUCGAGCAGAAUAUCCAGCUUCCCGCUGCUUUACUUUCCCGCUUUGAUCUACUCUGGCUGAUUCAGGACAGGGCCGACCGGGAUAACGAUCUCAGAUUGGCGCAACACAUAACUUAUGUGCAUCGGCAUUGCGCACAGCCGCCUACAGAAACUAAAGCGCUAGAUAUGAAUCUUAUGAGGAAGUACAUAUCACUGUGCAAAAAAAAGGAGCCUGUGAUUACUGAAGAUCUGACAGAUAUGAUAGUCUCUGCAUACGUGGACAUGCGAAAAGAAGCUCGUAAUGGCUUUGACAGGACCUUCACCUCGCCCAGGAACCUCCUAGCAGUGAUACGCCUGUCUACUGCCCUGGCACGACUGCGUUUAUCAAACGUGACAGAGAAGGAUGACGUGAUCGAAGCUAUCCGUUUAAUCGAAAUGUCGAAAUCAUCGAUCAAUCAUUCAGAAGCACAAAUUACUCGCACACAGACACCAUCAGACCAGAUAUUCGCACUGAUCAGAGACCUCGCAGGGGAUCAUAAGACUGUCAAAGUCUCUGCCAUAUUAGAACGUUGCACUAGCAAAGGUUUUAAACCUGAUCAGGUCGACCAGUGUAUAGAAGAGUACGAGGAGCUGAACGUCUGGCAAGUGAAUCAGGCCAGGACGCAAAUCACCUUCAUCUAAUAGUGUUGUAUAAUUUAGACAAAGGGAAUCACUUUGUAUAAGAGCAAUGUCAAUAAAAUUUUUCUACUUGUAUAACAAUA